AGCAGCAGAGACGGCGUGACGUGUUGGGAGAGCGUAAUGCCACCAAGCCUGGAGCUGCUUUUCAGAGCGAACACACAGCUCACAGCACUGCCUCCCGUUCAUCUUCCUCCUCCCCUGCUGCUUACACCCCUCCAGCCCUCACACAGACAACACAACGACAAAACAGAGCGGUGCGUGAGAGGCUGCUGAAUGAGCAAGGCGAGAAGAGGAAAACGAGACAAAACAGAGAAGCACAUUGGAGGGAGAGCGGGUAACAUGUGAAUCAAAGAGGAAGAGCGAGAGGAAGCGAGGAUCUGCACGGAAAUGAGAAGAAAAAGCCGAACGGAGAGAUGCAAGGCUUAUGCAUCAUUCAGAUAUCCACUGCUGCUUUGAAAUACACAUCAUGACAACGAGUGCAGUGGAAGGACCCAGGGCUGCAGCUAACUGUCAACUGCCGACUCCCUUCUCUCCUCGGUCCAAGGCGGCAGCAGCUCAGCGCUGUUAGAAUCGAGCCUCUGGGGACAAUGCGCCAAGGCAGAUGGAGCGACUGCAACGCUGGAGCUCUGACACAUGUUCUUCCCAUGCACACACACUCAUGCAUGCAUGUGGUGGAAGGCCAUGCACACUAAAAUUUCCCUGUGAUUAAUGAAAAACAGUCCCUCCUAGUAACAGUCAAAGAAGGAGAUGAUUUGCAACACGCUGCAGAGGAAAUGAAAGCCAUCAAGCUCAAGAUGCAUGUGUCUGUGAUUUAGCCAAGACGAGCAGAGACUCAGAGGGUGAUCAGUGUGUGAGGAUUGUAAUUCAUCACCAACAGGAACGAUGGCUUCCAGAAACAGACAAGUAAUGAGAUUAAAAUGGGCAAUCACUGGACAUCAACAAAGUGAUUUACAUAUAUGGAAAUGAGAUAUCAGCACAGGGUGAAAGCCCCUUAAACACUCAACAGAUACCCUUCACUUGGUCUCCAGGGAUCCAUACCUGGUGAGAAGCUGCCCACGACUGGCUUAAAGUGUGACAACCAUCUGAGUGGAUUAGUGCUGGCAGAGCCAUGCAGUGGAAACGACGCCACUGCUGUACACACACAGCUAAACUCCUUUAUCUCCUCUCACUGCUGGGCGUACUGGUCUUUCUGGUCCACCAGGUGUGGCUACCAAGGUUCACUGGUAUGCCAUGGUGGAGAGGCCAUCCUGUGGUGUAUGGAGGUGGAGGACUUCAUACCACCAAAUCCAAAUGGAACACGAGCACUUCACAUUCAGUGUGGAGGCUUGUGAUAGUUCCUCAGCCCACUUUUAAGGCUGAUGCUACCAUCAGCUCCCAAGAGAGGCAAGGUUUUGAGAAUAAUCUGGCAGCGAACACAAGUCAAAGUGAAGUGGGAAACUUUACUGGCACAAUGACCCAAGGCCCUUUCCCGUAUAUCAUCAAUGAACCCGACAAAUGUGCAGAAAACAGACCUGCACCAUUUCUGGUGCUGCUGAUUGCCACCGAGGCUCGGCAGGUGGAGGCAAGGAACGCCAUACGGCAGACAUGGGGGAAUGAGAGUGUUGCCCCUGCUCUGGGAUUCAUACGGCUCUUUCUGCUGGGGAGGAAAGAGGGAGAGCUGGGACUUCUGCAACAAAGGAUGCUAGAAGCGGAGAGCCGGAGGCAUCACGAUAUCAUUCAGCAGGACUUUCUGGACUCCUACAAAAACCUGACCAUAAAGACUUUGAUGGGAAUGAACUGGGUAGCAAUGUACUGUCCGGAGGCCAGCUACGUCAUGAAGACUGACAGUGACAUGUUUGUCAACACAGAGUACCUCAUUUAUAAGCUGCUCAGGCCAGAAUUGAAGCCCAGGAUGAACUACUUCACAGGAAACAACAUGCGAGGCUUUGCACCGAACCGAAAUAAAAACAGCAAGUGGUACAUGCCCCCAGAGCUGUACCCAAGUGAAAAGUAUCCCACCUUCUGCUCUGGGACUGGUUACGUCUUCUCUGGGGAUGUGGCAAAGAAAAUCUACCAGGCAUCUCUAAGUAUCCACCACCUGCACCUGGAGGACGUGUAUGUGGGAAUAUGCCUGGCCAAGCUCAGGAUUGAGCCCACUCCUCCAUCCAAUGAGUUCCUAUUCAACCACUGGCGGGUGUCUUAUUCCAGCUGCAAGUACAGCCAUCUGAUAACAUCCCAUGGGUUUCAUCCUAACGAGCUCCUCAAAUACUGGCAUCACCUUCAGAGCAACAAACGCAACGCCUGCCUCAACACAUUUAAAGAGAGAGCAGGCAAGACACACUCAACCAGAAUGAAUGGAGAAAAAUCAGCGCAGUGACUGACACCGACACUCACAAGCUCCUUGUUACAUACAAAUAUUGAUCAGCACAUUCUCGUGUCAACUUGACAAGAAGGAUUUAAUGUAGAUUUUAUCCAUAUGGGAACUCUGCGUAAAUGUUGAACAAAAACUGAUGACGUGGUUUAAAAUUAUUAUCAAUUUUUCUACAAAUGAGAUGAGAACUGUUUCUGACCAUUGAAUAGUUUAUGUACACAAUUCUAUUUUGUGACAGAAUAAGUGGUGUUUCACUGUGGUGCAAGAGCUCAUUUUUUGUAACCUGCUGUUUGUGUUUUCUAAAACUAGAGUGGACAGGGUACAAUGCAAAUAAACAUUUCCACAUGUG